UUCGCAUCCCCUCGCCUAUAAAUACUAGGGAGAAGAAAAGCCGCUCCCACCGCCUCCCCCGGGCUGCGUUUCCUUCCCGACGUCCCAACCUGCCCGAUGGCACUGACCUGGUGUUGCCGCGACUGAAACCCCCGCUGCCUGCCUAACCUUUGCAGGGGCACAGCCCGGCCUCUCCACACAUCCCCUGCUCCAUCCCGGGCAGGAAGAAGUCCCUCGCUCUCCGGGUCGCCCCUUACCCCCUGAUUCCUCCACCUCCCAGUUUCGCCCAUUUCUCUCCUCCAUCGGCACCCAGAAAAAGAGAAGAUGCAUCUUGCGCCGUCGGGGCUUCUGGUCGCCCAGCUCCACGUGUGCAUCUACUGGAGUUGCUUGUGGCCCGCCGGCUGCCAGCAGCCGCCGCCGCCGCCCCGCCACGACCGCUCGCCGCCCUCCCCCGCUUGGAGGCAGCGGAUCCAGUGGGAGAACAACGGGCAGGUGUACAGCCUGCUCAGCGCCAGCUCCCAGUACCAGCUCCCUCGCCGCAGGCAGGCGGCGGAGGCAGCGGGCAGCCCCAUCCUGCUGCUGCGGAACAACGGCACGCUGCCGCGGAGAGCCGCCUCCCGCUCCACCGCCACCGCCGCGCAGCCCCAGCCCGCCACCAGCAACCGGGGAGCCUCCGGCGCACAGCACUGGUUUCAGGCCGGCUACAAGGCUCCCUCCGGUGGUCGCGGCGCUGCUGCCGCUGGGCAACGCAGCCAGGCGGCCCCCACCUCCGCCGGGGCGGGCAGGAGGGUCUCCUCGGGGGUGUCGCGACCCAGCGCUCCCACCAGCCCCGACAGCGGCACCGGCACCGACGGUAACCGGAGCAGCACCGGCACCGGCGGCCUGCCGCCCCUCAGUAGCUUCAGACCUGGGCGGGAAGAUGUCAUGGUAGGAGAUGACCCCUACAACCCCUACAAGUACACGGACGAUAACCCCUAUUAUAACUACUACGACACCUACGAGAGGCCCCGCCAGGGCAGCAGGUACAGACCCGGCUAUGGCACCGGCUACUUCCAGUAUGGUCUCCCUGACUUAGUCCCGGAUCCCUAUUACAUCCAGGCGUCCACAUAUGUUCAGAGGAUGUCCAUGUAUAACUUGAGAUGUGCAGCCGAGGAGAACUGCCUGGCAAGUUCAGCUUAUCGAGCAGAUGUUAGAGAUUACGACAAUCGGGUACUCCUGAGAUUCCCCCAAAGAGUGAAAAAUCAAGGCACAUCAGACUUUCUGCCCAGCAGACCCCGUUAUUCAUGGGAGUGGCACAGCUGUCACCAACAUUAUCACAGCAUGGAUGAAUUCAGCCACUAUGACUUGCUGGAUGCAAGCUCGCACAGAAAAGUUGCUGAAGGACACAAAGCAAGUUUCUGUCUUGAAGAUACCUCCUGUGAUUAUGGAUAUUAUAGACGAUAUGCAUGUACAGCACAUACACAGGGACUGAGCCCUGGCUGCUAUGACACUUACAAUGCUGAUAUAGAUUGCCAAUGGAUUGAUAUUACAGAUGUAAAACCUGGAAAUUACAUUCUGAAGGUGAGUGUAAACCCCAGCUAUUUGGUGCCUGAAUCUGAUUACUCCAACAAUAUAGUACGCUGCGAUAUACGCUAUACAGGCCACCACGCGUAUGCUUCUGGCUGUACAAUUUCACCAUACUGAGAAAGAUGCAAGAAAAUGGAUGAGACGUUGCCAAGUGUUUUGAACUGAAGUAUCAUUAUAUAAACUUCAAUAGGAUGUAAACACUAUAGAAACAAAACUACAGAACAUACACACAUACACCCAUUCACCUUAUGUGAUUCCGAAGCACUUCAGCUGCUUCUCAACCAUAUCUGUAACUGGAUUUUGAAUAUUUAAAUUGGCAUUGCUUCUAUUACUAUUCAAAUGUGUGGAACUGGUUAUUCAUGCACAGAUACUCUAGAUUUUUAAAAUCUAACUGAUUCAUAGAAGUGAAGCAUUUCUUAACUCCUGAAAAUUUGGAGUUUAGGUGAUAAUAGACUUCAGUGGGAAUAUUACUGGUGAAUGAGUUGAAUGUAUUUUAAAGGUAGCAAAAAAUGUAUAGAAAAUGAAUUAAAUUAAAUACAAUAGAAAGUACUAACAUCAGCCAUCUCAGAAAACACCAGAAUGAAAAAUAGCUUCAGUGUAAUGUUAGAGUACCAUUACAAUAAAACUUGCUAGGACAUGUCGAUGUGAAUUAGAAAAGUAUGUUCAGUUUUCAAGGAAUAUUAACAGAGCAGAGAAAUACAUAUAUAUUUAUAUAUAUCAGUUAUACCCCUGCAAGAAAAGUUACAUUUACAUUUUUAAUACAUUAGAAGAUUUUUCCAUUCUCUUAAGUAAAAAACAGAUGAGGUUUUGAAAGAAACCUUUCAUCUGUGGAAGCAGAUUAAAAUACUUAACCACCUUUCCAUGUUGAAGAGGUUUUUUGAGGUGGGGAUUUUAAAAGACUUCUGUAAACCUAAUGUGCAUAAAAAUAAAUGCAUGUCAAAAAAAGGGCUCUUGGAAGUGAUGAUGAGUCCCUGAUGUAGUCAUCUGUGUGGAACAUCCACCUUAAAUAGGUUAACCAUCAAAAUAAUACAGGCAAUUAACUCAGGCGGCACCACAAAGCAACAGAAGUUGGUCAGAAUCUGACAAACGAUUUCUAUUGUGAAAAAGUCUAGUGCCUGCUUCCCCCUUAAGUACUGUGUUUGACUUUGAAAAUGUAUAUCUCAGUAUUCAAACAGCGAAGUUGAAAGUGUAUUCUAUGUGGAGAGAAAGAACAAAAGUUAAUGUGUUUAAGGUCUUAUUUUAGGCUGUUCAGGAACCAAUUGCAACAUUGUUCAAGGUGAAAAAAAAUUCCAGCCCAAAUUAAAGUUUUUGCUGAACUGUUUAACUGGUGCUGAGUACACCGCUCCUCCUCCCAUCCCCAGAUCAUUUUUCCUUUGCAGUGCACCCUGCUGUAAGAUACGGUAGCUGUGAUUUUGUUUUUAAACUGUGAAAUUACACAUCGCAAGGGGAUCUGGUGUUUCUGACUUUUUUCAGAAGAUUUCUGAUUAUGUAAAAGUGAAGGACCUACAUUGGAAACAAAGGGACCUAGAAAUACUGUUUGGUAUUGGUCAAGUUUAAUUCGCAGUUCAAAAUACUUACUGAAUCAUGGAAAGCUCAGUAUCUUUGAAAAAUGCAUGUGCUAUUCAGUAUAGGCAAAAAAUGAAAAAUCUGAGGAGUGUGGAGAGGUUUUAUUAUCACUAUUGAGAAUACUCCAUGCAGUAUUUGGAAGUGUUUCAUACAGUAGAACCCUAUGGAUUUAGUUUGUGACUUAUACAAAUUGCCACAAUGUUCUUUUAGGGAUCAAUUUGUUCUUUACUACAUGUAAUUAAGCUUAUUGCAUGAUGAUAAAGUGUUUCUACCUUAAUCAUAACUUGAUUACAAAUCUACAUGAUUAGUAUGUAUACUUUAAAAGAAUCUAAGAACCAGCAACUGUGUUACCGAUGACUGGGCGUAGGUGCAGAAUAACCUUUAUCAGUGCAGGUCCCUUUUUGUUUGCUGAGAGAUCCAUUUUAGCAACCAGUUACCAGUAUGGGAAAUAAACAGGCAAAAUUUGGACACUCAAUUUAUUAGAAAGUUGGCUUAUUGCAUAUGUCUGCAAAAAGGAGGGUCUGCUUAAAGUCUGAAAUCUCAGCCCACAGAGAGAGUAAAGAGGUAUUAAAGCAUACAAGUGCAUUCACCUUUCUACACACUUAGGUCAAAAUUGGGGUGAAAGUCCUGAUAGCUUGAGCAGUGGACACAAAAGGUACUGUAAUGGAAGCUAGGCUGUGGGCAUGGGCUGCUUCCUGGUAAGAGGUUAUGUACUAGAGGUUAUGUGCUUGUACCUCAUUGGGCCUGAUGCUGAAAUGUGGGAUAGAGCACUAACUGAACACAGAGCGGCCACAGAAAUUGGGGUUAUCCCUCAUCUUACAAGGCAGUAACCUGCUCACAUGUCUAUACCCAAACUACUUGCAGAACUCCACUGAAGUCAGCGAGGAGCCGGAGGACCUUGAGCAUCUGUGUAGGUGGAGCAGUUUGUAAUACUGGACUUAGUCCUUUCAGUGAGAAUGGCCUGGUUCAGAAAGGUGUUGAACGCCGUAACUUUGAAUAUUGGGGAUAUUGUGGCUACAAAAAUGUAGCCUUUUUUUU